GGCACGUUGUUAUUGUUAUUAUUUUGUAAUUUCGACUUAUUUGCACGCACGACAGUGAAUCCUGCAGUUAAUCAUUAGAUAUGCCCUCUCAGGAGAACACAUUCCCUGAAGAAGAACCAUUGAAACCUGCUGUCAGUCCACAAGAGAUUACUACCUCUCUAAGUAAACUUAUGGAAGCUGUGCGAACGGUUGUUGCCUGUGAAUGCCCAUACGUGAGAGCAUCGGCAUUGAAGGCAAUGAUCUGGAUGCAGUCUGCAGAUGAGUCUGCUGAUGAACUGAAGGAGACCAUCGCUGGAGAGCUGACAGAUCCCUCCUGGCCAGCUUCACUUCUAAAUGACCUCCUUGUGACGCUCCAUCUUAGGUUCAAGGCAACACCUUCGAUGGCCGCAAUGCUUCUGGAUGUAGCUGGCCUCUGGGUGACUCUUGUGCCAGCAAAGGUUGAUACCGAUGUGUUGCAGAGCCUGUGGAAGACAUGCUUGAUGGGAUGUGGUCCCAAGGGGAAACAGGCCGCUCUGGAGGCGGUCGGCAAUAUUGUGGAUCUGCGAAAUACAUCUGGGCCCUACCAGAAUGGACCCACCGAAGCUAAUGAGCCUGCAGAUGCAAAGUCAGCAGUUGCGCUUCAACGUCUAAUCCAGGCAGCGUGCCCAACUCCACAGCAAUCACAAUUAGGUAUAGCAAUCAGGAGUGUGUUGGAUGCGCCGGAUGAGGGAGGAGGUGGAGGAAAUGGAACGAUGGUGGAGAUUGAAGGGUUGGUGGAUGUGGUGGUAGAGGUGGUAGGAGUGGAGGAGGUCGGCGGGGGGGUGUUGCUGGAGGCGGCUGUGGAGGAGGGGGUGGUUUGCGUUGUGGAGGUUGAAGUGGUUUGCGCUGUGGAGGAGGGAGUGGUUUACGCGGUGGUGACGACCGUGAUGGAGGGGAUGGUCCGUUCGAUUGUGGUGACGCGGUCGCAUAUGGACCAGGAGGAGAUCCACGGUCUCGACAACUCGCUAGCUCACGUCCAAGACCGCCUUCAGCAGUUGGAGCAGCGACCACCCGCGGCGGCCGAUGCAAGCUCUUCCAAUACUUUCGACCGCCUCAACGCAUUGGAGAUGGACGUCGGCUCACUCAAGGAUGGUGUGCAAUUACAGCAGACCGCGAUGCAACAGUUGCAACAGCGGAUCUGCACUACCGCCAACAUCUCGAGUUCGGAACCGCGCGAGACAACUCCAAAGUUCGACGGGCAGGAGAUCUUCUGCGACUCAAUGAAGACAAAUCCUGUUCCAUGGUUUCGCAAGUUCGAGCCCACGCUGCAGGUACACAACGUCAAGGAACACAAGCACCACGCAUACUUGUACUCUCGCUCAGGGGGCGCGUGCCAGGCUUGGUUGGACAACCUGUUGUCCAAGUACGGAGUGGUCGCUAACGACUUGCACACCAAGAUCAGUUGGGAUGAUUUGAAGGCGGCGUGGCACAAGCGGUUCCAGGUGGAGCCACGGGAGAUCAAAGCCAUGGACAGGCUCAUGGUCUUCGAGCAAGGCACGCUGCCAAGUACGGACUGGAUCGCCGAGUACCAACGCUUGACGCAAGGGCAAACAGGGAAACUGAGCACCGCCGAGAGUGACUCGACAACACUCUCGAUGCCUUUAGAACCGGUUUCUUCGCGAGUAACCGACCUUCAUUCCGAGGCGCACGCGGAAGUCGAUAGUCCUCUUCUACUUUCUUUUGAGGACUAUGCUGCCCGACUCGUUCCUACGCUGGGUACUCAAGCUCAAGGACAAGAAGUGUGUGUGGUUUCUUCUCCGUCCGGCAACGGUGACAUAUCGUCUUCGAGUGGUUCUUCACGGGAUUCGGCACGCGAGUUCAACAUAGAGGCAUUGGACCCGCUCACGUCCGAGAACUUUGCAUGGCUUCCUCUCCCGACCACAGGCCGCUUGCCGGGACCGCAAUGCGCAACACUUAGCGCUCAUCUCCACACUUACUUAUCCUUCUAUGCACCACCAACUUCGCCGACGGAUGACGAAGUCGCGGUGGGGGACAUCUUGGCAUUUACUACCAAGGUGGCCCGCGAGUUUCGCACGCAGCGGUACGAUGACAACAACGCACCGCUCAUGUAUGUCCGCAUUCAGGUUGGGCAAGCGUCCUGCAGCGCUUUGCUGGAUAGCGGCGCGUUUUGCAAUCUCAUGAGCCAGUCCUUUAUGCAAAAGGCUGGCCUUGGCGCACAAGUUCGGAGGAAGGCAAACCCGACGGAGAUCAAGUUGGCGGAUGGAAAGACGCAACAACUUCUCGACCGUUACAUCGAGGCCGUACCGGUCUACUUCGCACCUCAUGCAUGCGAACCGGUGACAUUCGAUAUUCUCGACACGGACUUCGACAUCAUUCUGGGAAUGCCUUGGCUUGCAAUUGCGGAUCACACGAUCAACUUCCACCAGCGGACUCUUAGCGUUCGCGACGCCUUCGGCGCGGAAGUGGCGUGUACUAUUCCUCUACCGCACCCUUCGAUCCGAUGCCAAGUGGUGACGGCCAAAUCAUUCCGGGCAACUUGCGCUUAUGAGCAGCCCGAGGAGAUCGGCCUAUGUUUCCUAUGGACCGUCGCGGUAGCCGACUCUUCACCCACGGACUUGCCUUCGGACCCCCGUGUGGUGCAGUUGCUGGACGAGUUCGCCGAUAUCUUCGAGUCACCUACCGGUGUGGUGCCGGAUCGGCCGAUCUCUCACGAGAUCAUUCUCGAGGCCGGUGCCGUGCCGCCGAAAGGUUGCAUCUAUCGGAUGAGCGAGGAGGAACUCGAGGUCCUCCGCGCACAACUCGACGAUUUGCUGGCCAAGGGAUGGAUCCGCCCUAGCAGCUCACCAUAUGGAGCACCAGUUCUCUUCGUCAAGAAGAAGAACAAGGAUCUACGACUGUGUAUCGACUACCGCAAACUCAACGCGCACACGGUCAAGAAUGCGGGGCCUCUUCCUCGCAUCGACGAUCUUCUUGAGCGAUUGGGCGGCGCAAAAUAUUUUUCUAAGUUGGAUUUGAAAUCAGGAUAUCAUCAAAUCUCGAUCCAGCCGAACGAUCGCUACAAGACCGCGUUCAAGACGCGGUACGGGUCUUUUGAGUGGGUGGUCAUGCCUUUUGGCCUCACCAACGCCCCGACGACCUUUCAGGCGGGAAUGACCAAUGAAUUCCGUGCAAUGUUGGACCGGUUCGUGCUGGUCUACUUAGACGAUAUUCUCGUCUAUAGCCGGUCAUUGGAGGAUCAUCUUGGGCAUCUUCGACGAGUGUUGGAGACGCUCCACCGCGCUAAGUACAAAGCCAACCGCGACAAGUGUGAAUUUGUCCGGCAAGAGUUGGAAUACUUGGGCCAUUUUGUCACUCCGGAGGGCAUCAGUCCGCUAUCGGACAAGAUUCAGGCCAUCCAAGAGUGGCCGGAGCCUCGGAACGUCACGGAUGUCCGCUCGUUCCUCGGUCUUGCCGGCUACUAUCAGCGCUUCAUCAAAGGCUACUCGAAGAUCGCGGGGCACUUGAACAAGCUUCAAUGCGAGGAUCGGCCGUUUGACUUCGGAGAGGAGGCGCGGGGAUCAUUCUUCGCUCUCAAAGCCGCGCUAUUGUCUGCGGAGGUCUUGCGGCUAUACGACCCGCUCUUGCCUACGCGCGUCACUACGGAUGCGUCAGGCUAUGGCAUUGGUGCAGUCCUCGAGCAACAUGAUGGCGUGGACUGGCACCCGGCCGAGUAUUUCAGCAAGAAAGUGCCCAUCGUGCAUUCCAUUGACGAUGCACGCAAGAAGGAGCUCCUCGCCUUCGUCCACGCGCUCAAGCGGUGGCGGCACUUCCUCCUUGGUCGAAGCCAAUUUCGAUGGGUAACGGACAACAAUCCGUUGGUCUUCUAUAAGACCCAAGACACCGUCAACAGCACCAUUGCUCGAUGGAUGGCUUUCAUUGACCAGUUCGACUUCUUUCUCGAUCACAUUCCCGGGAAGUCGAACCGUUUUGCGGAUGCCCUUUCACGGCGUCCGGAUCAUUGUACCACGGUCUACUCAACCUUCGAGAUCGACGAUGACCUGCGGAACAGCUUCAUCCGCGACUACCAAGCCGACCCCGACUUUCGUGACAAGUUCGCGAAUUGCUCCUCUCCUAAUCCGGUGCCUUCUCACUACCGGAUCCAAGAGGGGUACUUGCUUGUCCACACGCUGGGGAAGGACCUCCUUUGCGUACCGAGUGAUCCUCACUUGCGUACACGGCUUCUUGGCGAGUUCCAUGACGCUCCCGCCACCGGACAUUUUGGAGUUUGGUUUCUUGGAGACAACGCGAACUUUGCAGCUGGAGAAUACGCCUGGGAGCCUCCUGACUCUGCUGCACUGGGCCUAUUGAGGAUGAUGGAAGGGUCCGCUAUGCUGUCAGCAGCUGCUGGUCGAAAUGCCACACUUGCACUGUCGAUUGCACGUCUUCAGCGGACUGUGUUCUGCGGCAGCUGGGAGGUCAGGAUCGUUGCUACCCAGGCUUUGAUGACUAUUGCUUUGCGCUCAGGCGAGCCAUACAGGUUUCAGAUCUAUGAGUUCUUUCAUACACUUUACUUUGGAUCGAAGAAGGACAAACUGUCAGCUGCGGAUGUGUCCAAUGGAGAAGAUCCAGGUGCAUCAGGAACAGGUCUCACCACCGUGGUGCUGCCAAUGAUGCGGUUACUUGAUGAGAUGUAUCAGGCUCAAGACCAGUUGCUGAAGGAUCUGCGACAACAUGAGAAUGCAGGCUACAGUAGCCAUGGUCUGACGACAACGCUGUACCCGACUGAUGAGCGACUUUUAGACCUCGUGAGGCCCGUGGAUCUGCGACAACAUGAGAAUGCAGGCCAGCCAUGGUCCGACGAUGAAUUGGCAACGCUGUACCAGACUCACGAGCGACUUCUGGACCUUGUGUCGAUAUUCUGUUUUAUACCUCGGAAUUCGUACUUGCCCCUUGGCCCUUGGAGCUUGCCGUUAGUGAACCUAUAUCGAUCGACGCAUGCAAUCUCUACAGAAGCUACACAAGAUCCUGCUGUGCUGGCAGGUAUCUCUGACUUACUGCUGAUCGGUGGUUCAGACUUCGUUCCUGCUGGCCCUGCUCAGGCUCGCACCACAGGCGUAUCGGGGUUGGAAGAUCUGUUCUGGGCAGGGACACCACCUGGAAUGGACCUGGUGAAUGACUUCCUUGGUGGUCAGUCAAGGGUGGGGUCAGUGUCGACCGCCGAAGGUGGGGCUACUCAGACCGGAGUGACUGGCACAGUGGCAACGAAUAUCGAGAGCAUGUGGGAAGCGUCAUUGCUUGAUGGCUUCGAUGACGACAGAAAAGACAAUGAUGGAAGGUCAUCUGGGUCAUCAUCACCAGAGUCCACAAGAUCUGGAGGGUCUGAUAGACGGUCCAAUUUAUCAGGAUUUCCAUCCCGGCUUUCGUUGAUGUCACCACAGAGAGAGGAAAUGGGAGAAGAGGAUGACGAUGAUAUUUUCGAAACGAAGAAGGCGAGGAGUCCAAGGUUGAGGGAACAAAGGUUUCAUGAGCCCUCCCCAUCAAGCCCAGGGACGCCGGGCUCCCCUGUUGAGCCUCCCACUUACGACAUUCACCCCGGGGCAACAGCUGUCCCGCCGCAAGAGCUAUCCGGGCCACACGAAAGGAUUCCCGCCCCUGAUGAUUCGUCCUCUGCAGCAGCUGGAAGCCUCCCUGUGAGCACUGAGUCCAUGGAGGCUAGUGGCUUGCCCGGAGAUUCAGUAGCAGCUGCUACAGCUGAGGAAACCGGUACUUCGGGUAGUCAGCAUCAGGCAGUGGGAUCGUUCAUAUCUUUGCUGUUCCCGGGAAGGUCGUCAUCGUCUAUAUCGAUGGACAGUGCGGCAGGUGAGGAGAACGAGAAUGCAGAUGGGGCUGCUAGUGCUACUGAUACCCCAUCUGCCGAUGCUGCUGGCAACCGACCUGCCGCAUCCGCUGCUAACCUCCCCUCUUCUGUUCCUGAUGCCCCAUCUGCUGGUGGUGCUGAUGUCCCUUUUGCGGCUGGUGAUGAUGUUUCGUCUGCUACUGCUGAUGCUGUUGUGGUUCAUAGCGAUUCAAGAAGCGACCAUGCAGGUGAGCAAGGAAACACAGCUUCCACUGACAGUGACACGGUCCGAGCAUCAUCGGCCGACGUGCUGAAGGCAUCGGAGGGUGUGAAUCAACUUAAUAUGUUUGACCUCUUGGAUUUCGACGACUCGGCUGCAGAAGGGCAAACGCCGCGGAUGAGUUCUAACCCAUCUGUAGAGACAAAGACCCCGGACCUUCUGGGUGAUUUCUUCGGCGACUUUCCAUCGAUCUCUUCUAAUGAAGCUUUGACUUCCGGAAAAGAUUCUGGCAAGAACGAAAUGGGGCAAGACCAAAGCAAAUCCAUAGAUGAUCAGGCACAGUUCGACUUCCUGGGAUUGUCCUCCGACCCUAUGCCGGGCUCAUCCACCCCCGCACUGAAAUCAGCAAGCAGUAUGCAAACUGACUUUUUGUCAGAUUUAUUGGCCCACGGCUUAGGUUCCACGGAUGUGAGGGAUUCCAACCCAGACAGGAGCAGCGAUGAUGGGACAAGACUACAACAACCCCUGGGGCCCAGUUCAUCAGGCGAGCCUGCCGAACCCUCACAGGUUGCAUCGGGGUCAUCUCCACUCCAUUUGCCGUCACCUAGCCCGGAGCCGACGAACGUAGGCAAAGAGGGUAGCAAACGCAGCAAGAAGUCCAAAUCACGAGAUGCUGUCAAGGAGUCGAAGGGAAAGGACUGGGGAAAAGGUUUUAUGGGACUGUUUGAGGCAGGUGGGGGCGGGAAGUCGUCCUCGCAAUCAAGGAAUGCUGCUGCCAGUUCUUCUAGUGCCGACUCUGAAUCAAGUGGAGGAUCAAGGAAGCGAGGAGAGCCGUUGUAUCAAUCCACGCCUGGGACUGAUUUAGAGAAUGAGGGGGCUAUAUCAAGGAAUACCCCUAGCAGGGUACCCUUGCCUCCUCUGGGUGCUGAGGGUGGCGCUGAGGGAAUGGGAAUGGGAAGGGGAGGUGAUAGUCCAUAUCUACCAAGCGAUGUGGCGGUCGAGAAUGUGGGCGGACCUCCGCUGUCAUCAAGAAAGCCUCCCUUGCCGGGACCUUUACGAUCCGACAGCGGUCCCGGAUCAGUGGAAAGUGUCGGGCCUGCCCAAUCGACGGAUGGCGAACAGAGUGAAGAGGGGGUGGAAGGCGCAGAACCAGGGAAAGAGGCCAAGAAUAGCAAAGGAGGGAAAUCCAAGCGCAAGAGUGGGAAGAAGGAGAAGAAAGGGGACAAACCAAACGACGACAACUGCGUUGUGUCUUGAGCAGUGGAGACCGUGUGCCCAUUGUUUUUUUUAUGGCACAAUAUCGUCUCUCGCUCAGAGUCAAUUAAACAGCAUAUAUACAGAGUAUAUAUGUCUAUAUACAAGUUCUUCGGAGAGUCGUACCCGCGCGAGGUAUCCUUAGGACCAGGGGGGCGUGUCCAUCAGUUCAUGAUUUGGGUCCUCGUCGCCCACGUCACUUGCGGCUACCCCUUGCGUACGACAAAGUCGAAGUCGAAACGCUUCCAGUUGAAAGUUCUCGGCUUGUAGGUUCGGAGAGUCGUACCCGCGUGAGGUAUCCUUAGGACCAGGGGGGGUGUCCAGCAGUUUGCGAUUUGGGUCCUCGUCGCCGACGUCACUUGCGGUUAUACCCCUUGCGCACGACAAAGUCGAAGUCGAAACGCUUCCGGUUGAAAGUUCUCGGCUUGUAGGUUGGCAGCUCUGGUCCCUUGGGCCCUUGGUCUCCCUGUGCUCUGUUAUCAGUUUCCGGUUUGCUGGUCAUAUGCUUCACGCACUAGGUGUCCACGGUAUUAGUUGUUCCUUGUGUUUUCCCGAGUUUACGAGCGGGAGAGCCACGUGAUGGGCGACCAUCUCACAUGGUUCGGAGAGUACGACCGUCUAUGCUAGACUCUUCACAGGUUACAGCGAAUGCUCUCUUCUUUUUCAUUUUCAUUCAUAUAUCUUCAGUACGGUUCGGAUGUGUUAGGUCCAUAUUCGACUUUUAGGUGUCCGUCGUGUUUUGCUGAGCUUACACUGACCUUCACCCCGCUCGAGGCCUCUGUACGUUGGUGGUCGCUACCAGUGAGUCUGGUCCUAUACCCUCUGGGCUCUGUUCCCAUGCUACCAGUCCCACAGUGCUUAUCACACUUUUACAGAACCAGAUGUCCAUGCUGUGGGUUCGGAGCAUGCCAAUAAUUGUGCCUCUCUGCAGUCUGAGGGCUUUUAUGGCCGUACGAUGAUCUGGAAUUACAAAUGGCAGUUACUGCCUAUCUCCAGGCGAGUACAAAAAAAAAAAAAGGGGGUGAGUCCGAUGAUCGCAUCCCAUCUGGUUGACCACAGUGACGAGUGUGCCGCGGAUCGAUGUAGUUGGGGAAUUCAAUUUAUCGUAGUGGCAUUGCCCUGACAGACUGAUAGAUAGUAAUUUGUCAGGUUAAGGGUGUCAAGGGCGGGACAGAGCGGCGGUCGUAGGCCGAAUAAUGCGACAGUGGUGGGGGGGAGAAUGGAUGAGUAUGAAGUUGCCUUUCUGCGGCUGGAGCGCUGGCGUUGUCUUGCGGGGAUCGCAUCUCCAACGAGGAGUCAUCGAGCAUUCAUUGUAUUGUCACUGCCGUGACAGACUGAUGUCUUGCGGGGAUCGCAUCUCCAACGAGGAGUCGUCGAGCAUUCAUUGUAUUGUCACUGCCGUGACAGACUGAUAGUAAUUGUCAGGUUUUUAAGGGUGUCGGUCCGGGACAGAGCGUACGUAGGCGGAAUAGUGUGACAGUGGUGGCGGGGGGGGGGGAAUGGACGAGGAUGAAUUUGACUUUCUGAGGCCGGAGCGCUGGCGUUGGCUUGCGGGGAUCGCAUCUCCAGCGAAGAGUCGUCGAGCAUUCAUUGUAGAGUCGUUGCCCUGACGGACUGAUAGUAGUUGUGUGGUUAAGGGUGUUAGGGCGGGACAGGGCAUACGUAGGCGGAAUAGUGCAACAGUGGUGGGGGGGAGAAUGGACGAGGAUGAAUUUGUCUUUCUGAGGCCGGAGCGCUGGCUUUGGCUUGCGGGGAUCGCAUCUCCAACGAGAAUCAGCUGACAACCACGGGCCUUGCAGUGGAUGCGUUACAAAAAAAAAAAGAAAAAAAAGAAGGAAAGUUUGUGUCGCUUCUCCCUCAAGCGCCAGCAGACUCAGCAGCAAUGGGGGUCGUGUGGAUGAGCGAUUGCAACCUUUUCUGAAGCGUAUGAAUUGUGGUUAAGUAGUUAUGCAUUGUGGUUAAGUAGUUUUCUCCCUUAAGCGUGGUGUUGGCUGUCCUUUCAGUGUUGGUGAGGUGGCCAGUCUGAUGACUGAUGAUGCCCACACAUGUAUGAAGCAAUUGUAUUGGAUCAUUUUGGAUGCGUGUUUUGCAAUUUCCUCAGUGGCUCUCUUUCUCUUUUCGAAGGUGGUAAUUGGCAGUGAUGGUGGUAGUGGAGGUGGAGGGGGAGGGGGAGGGGGAGGAGGGGGAGGGGGAGGAGGAGGAGGAGGAGGAGGAGGAAAAAGGCGGCGGCGUAUGUGUUAAUAUCUGUAUGAACUUUGAAGUAAGUUUGUAAUGGGUGUGUUUCAGAUUCUCCUAGGUUGCACUUCUCCUAGAGGUUAUAGUAGC